GUCAUGCUGCGUCUUACUGGACAGGCUGGUUGGACCGAGAUAAUCCUUCAGGCACAGGGGACUGGGAAACGUAUCGUUCUUUUAAAAAGGUAAAUCCAAUUAAAGUUGAGAUCUGAACAUAUAAUUUAACAUUGGCCAUGUAACAACGACUUAAAUGCAUCCAUACAGUAUAUACGUACACGAGCGCUUAUACUGAUAUUCCUAACAAUUUCCUGCUUUUACUAUCCUACUCCAUAUCCUAUAAACCUAAUCCUUAUGCUUAUGUUACCCUAUGCAACUUUUGUUUAUCUUAACCGUAUACCUUAAUCUUAACUUAUAUUAUCCUAUAUCUUAAAUAUUAUCUUAAAGGACAGUGGCAAUAAAAUUUUUUAUUGCUUUCUCUGAAAGACCAUGAAAAAAUAAGCGGAUUGGCCGUUUACUGCUCUAUUCUAUCUCAUCUGGUUCCGCAGUUAUACGCAAAAAUGUGUAAAAUAUAAAUUGCUGAUUCAGCACAAAGUGUGACGUCAUUAGUUGGGUAGGUAGUUUAUUGAAUAGUAAACUAAAGCAUAGCUAAGUUAUUAUUGGCUCAAAUCAAAUAAAAUUUUGCAUACAGAUAGUACAUGAUGAGAUGCAAGGGAAAAUGCUUUUAAUUUUGUUGUCAAGGCAACACAGUCGUUCCCAGGCCCUUUACACUGAUUUUGAAUAACUAGUUGCAUUUAUCUAUGUGUAUGUCGUUUUCGAAUUAUUACAUGCAAGUAAACUUUUGGCAAGAUUAGGUAUGGUACGCAUACUUCUGAUAUUAUUUUAUCCUUAUCAGUACCAUGAAUAAAGCUGUUUUAUAAAAUUGGCGCAAGGGGCCUGGGAACGACAUUGUUACCUUGGCAACAAAAUUAAAAGCGUUUUUCAAUGCGUCUCAUCAUGUACAAUCAGUAUGCUAAAUUUCAUUUGCUUUGGGCCCAUAAUAACUGAGCUAUGUUUCAGUUUACUAUUCAAUAAACAUACUUACCCAACUAAUGACGUCACACGUUGCGCUGAAUCAGCAAUUUAUAUUUUGCACAUUUUUGCGUAUAACUUCGGAACUAGAUGAGAUAGAAUAGAGCAUUAAACGGCCAACCGGCUUAUUUUUUCAUGCUCUAAGCAAUAACAAUUUUGGUUGCCACGGUCCUUUAAUUUAACCCUAUAUCCUUAUAAUCUCUUCUUAACUAUAUAACUAUAUACCUUUAUUCUUAUAUCUUAGCUACAAUCUUCUUGGACAAAACCCUUGAGAUCAUUCCACCAAAUAUUAUAAAGUUAUGGAACAUUGACAAAACAAACUCCUCCUCCCCUCCCCUCCCCUUCCCUUCCCAGUUCAAUGUUUUAACAACGCCGAAACAACUUUUGGUAAUAUACCUGACAUAAGCUCAACAUUGAUUUGGGGGAGCGGUGGCUUUAGAAGGGCAACAUGAUUCAACAUGGAAUUCAUCAUUUAAAAAUAUACGAAUUUUGUAUAGGUGAAAAAAUAGUCUCAACCAGUUAUAUCCAAGAUUGUGGCUAUAUAUUCUUAAUCUUAUUUAACCACAUAUAUAUAUAUAUAUAUAUAUAUAUAUAUAUAUAUAACUACAUGUAGUUAGAUAUUGCUCUAUGGCCUUUGGGUCAUAUUGAGCACUCUACAGGGUGAGCCAUUGCUGCUUACGCAUUGUGCGCAUGCUCACUGCUUGCAGUUUGAGCACUCUGGCAAUGGUUUGAUGUCCCACAUUCGUGAGACAUCAAAGGUAACUAUUAAUAGUGGUUACUUUCAUCCUGCUCAUCAGCACUACACUGAUGAGGCCCAAAAGGCGGAAACGGUACCGUUUCAAUAAAGAUAUAUAUAUAUAUAUAUAUAUAUAUAUAUAUAUAUAUAUAUAUAUAUAUAUAUAUAUAUAUAUCUUUAUUUGUAUCUUAACCCUACAACCUUAAUCAUCAGGACCAGCCAGAGGAGUUAGCAGAAUCGAAUACUAAUAUAUUCGAUAAUGGGUUGUUCAGUAAAUCAGUAUACCUAAAAGUCUAGCUACAAUCAUUUUCAAAAUAGUUGGGACACAUGCGGUUUUAGGUCAUAAGUGCAUGGAUAUAUGCAAUAGCAAAUUAUUUCAAACAACUUUAGGUCCCUACCCCUCCACUUCCCUUGUUGUUUACUCGAUCGCACACCAAGGUAAGAUGGUAACUGAGACUCAACAUUCAAAAAACGGCGGGGGAGGGGGGAUGGGCGGAUCGACGUUUGUCAAAAUAAUAGGCACUUGGGGCAUCUGUCCAAACCAUUUCAAAAUUAUUGAAGUAUAAAUAUGCCUGCCUGAGUAUCAAUCCUUUAGGUAAAUGUAGGAUACUAUAUCCCAGCAUUUUAACCUAUUUUAACAAUAAAAUAUAUCCUGCAUAUAUAGCCAAUUCAAAAAAAGAUUGUCCUUUGCAAACCUAUAAACUCUAAACCUUAAACCUUUUAAAACUCUAAGCGUGCAAAGCAUAAUGGGAGCACAAGUUUCAAGCUUUGUAGUUGAAUAUUGCAGCUUCUGUGAAUGAGUUGUUCUCAUAAGGAGAUAUUUACCAUGUCUCUAAGAAAUGGCCCCCAUAUAUUAUUUCUAAACUGAUUAAAAUGUGCUCCCAUUAUGCUUUGCACGCUCAGAGUUUAAGGUUUAGAGUUUAAAGUUUGCAAAGGACAACCUUUUUUGAAUCAGCUGUAUACCAAAAGUAAAAUGGUCUGAAUACCAAUAUACCUGAAACCCCUGACCAGGCCAGAAUCUUAUCUUAACCCUAUAUCCUUUGCCUUAUCUUCAUAGUAAUCCUAACUUAAAUCUAAUCAUGAAUUAUCCUUUACCUGAAAUGAUCGGCUUACCAUAAUAAAUGCAGUUAAACAGCAAAAUUGUACAGAGUGUCUGAUCUCCCAAACUGAAUGUCCCAACUAUAGCUACAUCAGCAUUAAUAACAAACAUGUCCUGUCAAUCCAUUGAUAUUAGGCUGAUAUCGGAAUAACCAACCGUUGAUCAGCUUUCUACAAGACGGUAUACCAAUACUCGAACUUGUCCAAAUUCAGGAAACUAGGUUAAAAUAAUUUUUAAAGAAAAUGGCCACUUGGCUAAAACUGAUCACUUCUAAAUAGCAAGUAAACUGAUUAAUGAAAUGAGAAAGAAUCCCGGGCAGAGAAUAGAAAUGUCAUGAAUUCGCUUUUUAGACAAAUAUUAUAGGGCAUGCAGUUCCCCUUCCCUAGGCCUGUCUGGGUUUCCGCAUCAUUUUUACUAUAGUUUUUCUUAAUAUUAGAUUCCCCUUAUUACGUAUACGUUUUUGUAGCGCUUUGCAUUGUGGUUAUAGUGGUAUUACUGAUAUUCAAGAUGGCUUAUUUUUUGUCCUGACCCGUGAAAGAACUUUUAAAAAAAGCUAGGGUCAGGUGCGCGAUAGCCAACAGCAAAAUAUUCGCGAAAACAUUCAAUAUUAUAUUUUCAUUGAACUGGCCGCUAUCUUUAUCAGUGAUACCAGAUCACAAUGCAAAGCGCCAUACGAAAACGUAAUAAGGGGAAUCUAGUAUUACCUUGGGAACGAGAUAUUGGUGAUAUAUACGAUAUGGAAAAUAAAUCAUCAGUUUAAGGCCAGUGUAGAGUAGAAAUUUAUCAUGACAGAAGACUUUAAACAAUAUAGUAAUCGUAGACUAUAUUUAAAACUAAAGAAUAAUAAUAUUAGGUAGAAAUAGUACAAGAAAUGAAUGAAAAUAAAUAAUAUUAGGUAGAAAUAGUACAAGAAAUAUGAAAACCACAAAACUGUGGAGUAGAGUUUUCACAUGUAUAUAUUAUAUUGUCCUUAUAUGUGCACGUGCUAACGUUCUCUGGUACUAUAUCAAAUAUACUUGCUCGCAUGUCUAGUUCAAUUAUAUCUUUUAUAACAGUUAGAUUGUUAAUUUAAAUGGGUUAGAUAGGUUGCCAUCUCUUUACAAUAUCUAAGAAAUACUUUUAAGUAUUUUUUAUAACCUGCGCCAGUCAGAAUCUUGGUGUCGCAAUCGAGUGAUUCUAGAAGGCGAAUGUGGUCGCUUGAUUGGCAUGAUCAUGAUAUGUUAUUCAAUAUUCAUUCGAUCCAGAAUAAAAAUCUGAUUAUUAGAUUAAAUAUAUAUAUGUUAUUUACCGGAUUGGAGGUCCGUAUAGAGAAAUAUUUCUCGAGGUCUUAAAAACGGCCCGAGGCCGAAGGCCGAGGGACGUUUUUAAGACCGAGAGAAAUAUUUCUCUAUACCGGUAAAUAAUAUGUAUUUUUUUUAAUUCCUCCUCUGCAUGAUUUCCCCAAUCACUCCUCCCGCACGCGAAUGAAGAUGCCAAAUAAAACGUCGUUUCUGUCAAUGCUAUCGGGAAGAGUAAUAUCUUUUGUGAGAUAGUAAAAUUCGCUUUCACUGUGUUCUUCAUCGUCUGCAGACAUUUUAAUAUUUUAAAAAGUAGCCUUUAAACUCGUCUUUAAAUUUUGAAAAAUAAAAACAUUGGCUCUACGGCUUUAAAUCUCGCGCGGUCCGUACGGGCUCAUACGGACCGCUCACGUAGCCAAUCAGAUUGCAGAAAAGCGUAAAAUAUGACUUCGGACCGCAAGAAAAAAAAUAAAAUGUGGUAAGAUCACAAAAUAAGUACGGGUAAUUUUUGGGACACCUUGUAUAAAUAAUGUAGUCGAAAUCAUUUUCUCUAGGCACCAUGUCACCCUGGCUACAAACCAAUUGACGCCAAAUGUAGAGUGAAGUACGGAAAAGCACCCUGGUAUAAGGCAAAUGAAGAGAUUCCUGCCGCUUGCUAUCGAUGUACACCCACGGGCUUCGCUUGUAAAAAUGCUGAUCAACCCGAUCGUCGUUGUAAAGACUACGAAAUACAGUUUUUGUGUUAUAGACGUAAGUAUAUAUCAUGCUGAGGUCACAGGUCUCUACUAUAAAUUAGGUCUGGAUGGUAGAAAAAGCAUUUAAAUUAAAUUAAAAUGGGAUUUGGACAAUUGGACUAUUGGAUUUAUAAAAAAAAGGAAUCGCUAGAAUUAUUUCAGUGCAGCUAACGAAGAUCGUGUGACUGCCUACUCUCGUGCACUAUCUGGCUUUACUGCACUCACUCACUUGAAAUAUCAUAUUAAUGUUAUAUUAUAUUUUUCUUUAUAGGACAUUAG